AAUAAAACAUGUGCACAGGAGGAAAACGCGGAGAAGGAAGGACCCAAAUCUUCCGGCUUUAGUCAGCUGACCAAGCGGCGACCAAUCAGAGGUAUCCGGUUGUUGUAAAUAAACUGCCGCUGUGAGCUCGUGCAGUGGAAGCAGAGAAGUAAACAGUGACAACCGAGAGGAGGACAGAGGGGGAAAAUGCAGACAGAGACGAGGUUAAACGAGAAGAACGGGGCUCAGGGAAGCACAGUCGGCAUGAGACAACAGGAGGGCCCUGGAGGACUGUGGGACUCCAUGAAGAAAGCCGCAGUCAUCAUAGGAUCUGGAAUCUUAUUCUUGGCUGCUUUUGGCAACUCCCUGACCUGGCACCUUCAGAGAUUUUGGGGAGCUUCUGGAGAUUUCUGGCAGAACUUGUGGACGAAGGUGUACUUGGCCUUUGAAGGUCAUGAUACAGCUUUGUUCUUUUUAGGGACAACGCUGUUCCCCACUCUGGCAUUCUGGGGGUCUAAUGCCCUUCUGCUACUGGUGGACACUACUGGGAAACCAUCUUUCAUCACCCGAUACCGUAUCCAAGAGGACAAGAACAACCCGGUGGAUCCCGUCAAGCUGCGCCAUGCCGUGAAGACCGUCGCCUUCAACCAUGUGUUUAUUUCCGGGCCCAUGGUGGUGGCUGUUUACUACCUGAUGACCUGGAGAGGAAACCCCUGCGGCCCUGAGCUGCCCACCUUCCACUGGGGUCUGAUGGAGCUGGCCGUGUUCUCCAUCGUGGAGGAAAUUCUGUUUUACUAUUCACACAGGUUGUUCCACCAUCCCAGCCUCUACAAGCAUUUCCACAAACAGCACCAUGAGUGGACCGCUCCCAUUGGACUUGUCUCGAUCUAUGCCCAUCCCCUUGAGCAUGUGCUGUCCAACACGCUGCCCGUGGUGAUCGGGCCAGUGCUCCUGGGCUCCCACGUGACGACCACCACCAUGUGGUACUGUAUGGCUCUGAUCAGCACCACCAUCUCCCACUGUGGCUACCACCUGCCCUUUCUGCCCUCCCCCGAGUUCCACGACUUCCACCACCUCAGGUUCAACCAGUGUUUUGGGGUUUUCGGUGUUCUGGACAGGCUCCACGGCACCGACAGCAAAUUCAGACAGACAAAGCAGUACGAGCGCCACACCCUGCUCACCGGCCUCACCCCUCUGACCCAGACCAUCCCCGACACACCCAAGAAGGGCCAGUAAUGACCGGCACAGCCUUCGGUCUUUGACCUCAGGUGGUUCUGGCGGGCAGACAAACACCUCCAUCCGUUUUUACCGUUUUUCUAAUCAACGGGUUUGGGCCGAUUUUGAAUCCCUUCCCAGACUUUGUACUCUGAAUCUUAAUUUUUUUACGAUAAAAAAAAAAAAACGCUGCACUUUAAUUGUAUUCAGCUCCUGUGUUGACAGGGUUUACAUUUCACCCUGUGAAAAAGUGACCACUGUAGCGCACUGUAGCGCAUGGUAACUGUACGGCCGCAGAGCCGUUACUCAUGUUCUAGUACCACCUGAUCAAAGAAACAAUAUUCAACGGAGCCCAAAAUCAUAUCGAAAAUAAGAUAACGGCGUGUCCGAAAACAUUCAUUUCAUGUUUCAAGUUCAGUUUUUACUUCAAUACAAAUGUAAACUCACUGAAAUUUAAAAGUAACCAUGUACAGUGGAGCGUAGGACAGUCUGGUCAAAUACUCAGAUCUGUUUUUUUCAGCAACAAGGCCGAAAAAGCUGGGUUUUUUUUUUUAGUCGGGACUUUUCCUUUACCCUCAUGGCAAAGUUCAAAGAGAGCCCCCUCAGCUGUUGUUACUAGGGGGGUAAAAACACUUCCUCAGGUGGAUUCAACAUCAACUUUUCUGUGGUCCUUUCCAAAAUAACAGUGGUGGGAUAGUGUGGAGACAGAGACUCACAAACUGCAGCACUUAAAGCUAAAAUGAAGAUCUGUCUUUUCUGGUCAAAGACAGUUGCUGGGAGCACUUUCCAUUUCAGUGGUACACAAGCAUUCUUUAAAGUGUUAAAUGUGUUGUUCUGGAAAACACAAAAGCGUCUCCUACAACGCACAAAAUGUGAAGAAUGUUCUUGUGCGACUGUUUUAAAAGAAUAAAGAGUUUUUAAAGAAAAA